AAAAAAGAAAAAUAAAAGAAAAAUAAAAAGAAAAGAAAAUCUAAUUUCAUAUUUGCAAGGCGUUGUUGGGUUGGGGAUCGGCGCUAUCUCUCUCUUCCUUGCCAUAUCUUCAAAUCUAAAAUAUUUUUUUCUUUCUAAUUUCAAAACCCUAAUUGAUUGAUCAUUAUUAAUUAUAGGGGCUUUUUGAGGCGUUGAUUUUUGAUUGUUUCUAGGGUUCUUUAAUCUUGAUUUUCAGUUGUUAUAUUUAUAGAUCUAAGUUCGAAUUUAAAGGGCAUUUUACAAUGUUUUGGCGUAUGGCGGGUUUGUCUACUGCGUCUCCGGUCGAGACCAUUUUGGACAAGGAUAACUUUACACUGGAUGAGCUUCUUGAUGAGGAUGAAAUUAUCCAAGAAUGCAAAGCACUUAAUGCACGACUUAUUAAUUACUUGCGUGAGAGACCACAGGUGGAGCAGCUUAUUCGUUAUAUCGUAGAAGAAGCCCCUGAGGAUGCUGAGAAACAAAGAAAUUUUAAAUUUCCCUUCAUUUCUUGUGAGAUCUUCACAUGUGAAGUUGAUAUAAUUCUCAAAACCUUGGUGGAAGAUGAGGAGUUGAUGGAUCUGUUAUUCUCAUUCUUGGAUCCAAAUCGCUCACAUAGUACCCUAUUGGCAGGAUACUUUAGCAAGGUCGUUAUUUGCCUGUUGAUGCGGAAAACAGCUUCUCUUAUGAGCUAUAUUCAAGCUCAUCAAGAAAUUAUCGCGCAACUGGUUGAUCUCAUUGGGAUUACAUCUGUCAUGGAGGUGUUGAUUCGUCUUAUUGGCACUGAUGAACAUAUAUAUGCGAACUUUACAGAAGCUAUGAGGUGGUUGGAGGAUACAAAUGUCUUGGAGAUGAUUGUGGAUAAGUUUAGCUCUUCUGAUUGUCCUGAAGUCCAUGCUAAUGUUGCAGAGACUUUGUGUGCCAUUACUAAAUAUGCCCCCCAAGGCAUCUCAGCUAAAAUUGCUAGUCCAAGGCUUAUAGAAAGACUAUUCCACAAUGCUCUGGAAGAGUCCCGGCCAAAAUCCGUAUUAUUCAACUCCCUUUCUGUAUGCAUUUCCUUGUUAGACCCGAAGAGGCAAACUUUUGGUACAUACAAUGCUUACGGUCGUCAGUUUUCUCAAGGGUCCUCAAUAACUGUUAAUCCUGAGACUGUUGAAGGCAUGUUAGGGAGCUUGGGUAACCUACUUAAGUUAUUGGAUGUUUCAUUAGAUGAAGGUGUUUUGUUAACUACAUAUGGAAAAUUGCAGCCACCACUGGGAAAACAACGUUUAAAGAUUAUUGAAUUCAUUUCAGUCUUGCUUUCUAGUGGUAAUGAUGCUGCAGAAAGGGAAAUCAUACGCCUUGGAGCCAUGAAAAGAAUUUUAGACAUGUUUUUCGAGUACCCAUACAACAAUUUUUUGCAUCACCAUGUAGAGACCAUAAUUUCAUGUUGCUUUGAGAGCAAGGGUUCUAUCCUUGUUGAUCAUCUACUUCAUGAUUGUGAUCUUGUUGGAAAGAUAUUGGAAGCUGAAAAAAGCUCUAUGCUAUCAAGUAAUUCAAGCAAGCCCACAGUAGGUAUUGGUGGAAGAGAUCCUCCUAGAGUGGGUAAUAUUGGUCAUCUGACUCGCAUAUCGAAUAAACUGGCUCAUUUGGGUAACACGAGCUCCAAUUUUCAGAAUUUACUCCAGGGCAAUAAUGAAUGGCUUGAUUGGUGUUCUAAUGUCUUAUCAAAGCGCAAUUCUGUUGAAAAUGUUUACCAGUGGGUUUGCGGGAGACCAACUGCUCUACAGGAUCGCACUAGGGAUAGUGAUGAUGAUUAUCAGGAUAGAGAUGAUGAUGUCGCGGCUUUGGCUAAUAAUUUAAGCCAGGCAUUCCACUAUGGUAUAUACAGUAAUGAUAUGGAGGAGGUUCAAGCUUCACUCGAACGAGAUGAGGAGGAUGUUUACUUUGAUGAUGAAUCUGCCGAGGUGGUUAUAUCCUCAUUGCGGCUUGGAGAUGACCAGGAGAGUGGUUCGCUGUUCACUAAUUCAAAUUGGUUUGCUUUUGAGAACGAUCGAGUCAAUAGCGAGCGCUUGACCGAUUCACUGGCCUCUCCGUCACCCACUGACGAAGAAACUGGUGCUGUUAGUAGUAGUAGUAGUGACGAGGUUAAUACCAGUGAUGAUUUGGACGACACUGCGUCUUCACAAGUGCCUGAAAUCGAAUCCAAAACACACGAAUCCACUGCUGAAAGUCCUCUUCCCGCCGAGGAAGUAAAGCAGGGUGCUACAAGCGAGCAAAAUGAGUGGGUUGAAUGGAGGGAAACAUCAAAUUCUAGCAACAUAUCCGAGGAACCAGAUAAACAAGGGGAAGUACCAAAUGAAGUCGAGGAAUCAGGCAACAAGGUUGAGGAGAGUGACGCAGUCACAUCCGAGCUCUCUUCUCCUACAAUUGAGGCUCCAGAAACGGAAGUUGCCUCCCAAGAUGUAGGUUUGCCACAGUUAAUGGGUGAACUUGGUGAGACUGAAAUUAUUGUUGCACCACUAUCUAGUUCUAGCCCAGAUGAUACCCAGGAUGAAGUUAACUCAUCAGGAGAAGAACAGCAACCAAAGCCGAAGGUAGAUGAUGAAAAAACUGAUUUGGUUCAAGCAGAAAACUAGAUGUACAUUUGAAAAACUACAUAAUCAGGCGAAACGAGAUAAAAAUUAUAUUCUCCCUGUUCUCUAGUAAAAUUUUUCCUAUCCAUUAAUGUUUGAUUCUCAUUGUAAUACCGAGCCCAGUUGUGUACGUUGUAGGGGGUUCAAAUUCUUGAGUAGGGGACGGUAGUGAUUCUUUAUAUGAGAAACUCAGGAGACUGAUCCGCUUCUCAUCGUAACCUAGAAAAUGGAAAUGCUAAUUUCGUCGUAUUUUUUCCUGCUAGACCAAUUUACGUUGCUACUUGCCAGUCAUUCUUUGCUGAACUUAUUUGUACCAUCAACUUAUAAGGCUAAUGUUAUACUAAGUUCCUAAAUUAUAGCAUUUCUAAAUUACUUUUUGUUAUCAUACACGCAAAAAUUGGAUUAGAGCUUUGCAUUUUGAUGAAGUUAACGGCAUUUUACAAGUCAUCGAUUUUACUCGUAAAUUUCU